CAAGGUCACAGAGUAGUCCCGGCUAGCGCUGGUGCGGACGGGAGGCUCCUGGCCCGGCGGACUGACUGGAGCACGGACGCUGCAGCCGGUUGGGCCGGUGCCCUUUCCCGCUCUGGAAAGGAAGAGAAAUGGAAGUGAAAAAAUUGAGCAUUUCCUGGCAGUUCUUGAUAGUUCUGGUUCUGGUCCUGCAAAUUCUGUCUGCGUUGGAUUUUGACCCAUACAGAGUCCUAGGGGUCAGCCGAACAGCCAGUCAGGCUGAUAUUAAAAAGGCUUAUAAGAAGCUCGCCCGGGAAUGGCAUCCUGACAAAAACAAAGAUCCUGGAGCAGAAGACAAGUUCAUCCAAAUUAGCAAGGCUUAUGAGAUCCUUUCCAACGAAGAAAAGAGAUCGAAUUACGAUCACUACGGAGAUGCCGGAGAGAACCAGGGCUACCAGAAGCAGCAGCAACGAGAGUAUCGCUUCCGCCAUUUCCAUGAGAAUUUUUACUUUGAUGAGUCUUUUUUUCACUUCCCUUUUAAUUCGGAGCGGCGGGACUCCAUUGAUGAAAAGUAUUUAUUGCACUUUUCACAUUAUGUGAACGAAGUGGUUCCAGAUAGCUUCAAGAAACCCUACCUCAUUAAGAUCACCUCAGAUUGGUGCUUCAGCUGCAUCCACAUCGAGCCCGUUUGGAAAGAAGUGGUUCAAGAACUGGAAGGACUGGGUGUAGGAAUCGGCGUGGUCCACGCUGGGUACGAGAGACGCCUGGCCCAUCACCUGGGAGCACACAGCACACCCUCCAUCCUGGGAAUCGUAAAUGGGAAGAUCUCCUUCUUCCAUAAUGCAGUCGUCCGUGAGAACCUACGACAGUUUGUAGAAAGUCUUCUUCCAGGGAACUUGGUGGAGAAAGUAACAAAUAAAAAUUAUGUCCGAUUCCUCUCUGGCUGGCAGCAAGACAAUAAACCUCACGUCCUUCUGUUUGACCAAAUGCCCGUCGUACCACUGCUGUACAAGUUGACCGCUUUUGCAUACAAGGAUUACUUGUCAUUUGGAUACGUACACGUCGGCUUGAGAGGGGCAGAAGAGAUAACGAGGCAAUACAACGUCAAUGUCUACACCCCCACCAUCUUGGUCUUUAAAGAACACAUCAACAAGCCUGCAGAUGUUAUCCAGGCCCGAGGUAUGAAGAAGCAGGUCAUUGACGACUUCAUCACCCAAAACAAGUAUCUACUAGCAGCCAGGCUCACCAGCCAGAAGUUGUUCCAUGAGCUGUGCCCCGUGAAACGGUCUCACCGACAGAGGAAGUACUGUGUGGUUUUACUGACUCCCGAGGCUACCAAGCUGGGGAAACCCUUUGAGGCUUUCCUGUCCUUUGCCCUGGCAAACACACAGGACACAGUGAGAUUCGUGCACAUCUACAGUAACCGGCAGCAGGAGUUUGCCACCACCUUAUUACCGGACAGUGAUACGUUUCCAGGAAGAUCCGCGGUGUCUAUCUUGGAAAGGCGCACCACGGGAGGAAGGGUAGUGUAUAAAACCCUCGAAGCUCCCUGGACAGGGAGUGAGAGCGAUAAAUUCACCCUCCUGGGCUAUCUCGACCAGCUGCGCAGAGACCCCACUCUCCUGUCCUCGGAGGCAGUGCUCCCCGACCUGACCGAUGAACUUGCCCCUAUCUUCCUCCUCCGGUGGCUCUACUCCGCUUCCGACUACAUCUCGGACUGCUGGGACAGCAUAUUCCACAACAACUGGCGGGAAAUGAUGCCCCUUCUGUCCCUGGUCUUCUCUGCCCUCUUCAUCCUCUUUGGCACAGUCAUCGUUCAGGCUUUCAGUGACUCGAACGAUGAGCGAGAGUCAAACCCUCCAGAUAAAGAGGAAGUCCACGAGAAGGCCGGGAAGACUGAGCCAAGCUUCACCAAAGAAAACAGCAGCAAGAUCCCUAAAAAGGGCUUCGUGGAGGUAACGGAACUCACAGAUGUGACAUACACCAGUAACCUGGUCCGCCUGAGGCCGGGCCACAUGAACGUGGUCCUCAUCCUGUCAGACCCCACCAAGACCAGCCUACUGCAGAAGUUCGCUUUGGAGGUCUAUACAUUCACUGGGAGCAGCUGCCUGCACUUCUCCUUCCUGAGUCUGGACAAACACAGAGAAUGGCUGGAGUACUUGCUGGAGUUUGCUCAAGAUGCAGCCCCGAUCCCAAACCAGUAUGACAAGCAUUUCAUGGAACGGGACUACACGGGUUACGUGCUGGCCCUGAACGGCCACAAGAAAUACUUCUGCCUCUUCAAGCCCCAGAAAGCAGUGGAAGAGGAGGAAGCCAUGGGAUCUGGCGGUGCCCUUGACUCUUCCCUCCAUCUGGGCGAAUCGCGGGGGAAACCUUCCUGUGGCCUUGGACCCAGGCCCGUCAAAGGAAAAUUGAGCAAGUUGUCCUUAUGGAUGGAGCGGCUGCUGGAAGGCUCCUUACAGAGGUUUUAUAUCCCGUCGUGGCCCGAACUAGACUGAGAGGGGCUCAAGAGAGACUUAAACUCUUCAGGCUUUUUAAUAGGCCCCUGCGAACAGGCCUUUUCAGGACUCAACCUAUCACCGAGGACAGAGAAUAGAUUCUAGAUUAUUCUUCUGGAACAAUGGCUAGAAGAAUCUUUCCUUUGUCCUGUUCUAACCUAGGAGUGAAAAACACCUCAAGCUGAAUCCCCCAGAUCAAAAGAUUUUCCUGUGGGUUUCUCCGCCCUCGUUUGAAUGCCACACCAUUUAAAGCAGACUGCUCACUCCCUCUUUUUUUGUCGUCCCGUCCCGUCACAUGCUCACACCUCGCUCCCCUGUCCUGUCUCUGUGCUGUGGGAGAAGCUGGGGGCUCCAGCCCGCAGCGGUACCCAGACGGAACCUCGCGAGCCCGGAGUGCUGGUCGGGUCGCUUCCCGCCCCACCCCCGCUCUGCUUCUGCCCCGGUGCAUGCUGCGUCACCCGGACAGCCCACGGCAGCUUCUAGGCCCUGCAUCCCAAAAGGCCCGGUUCCAAGCAACCUUAACAUUUGAUAGUUUUUCCAGUAGUCAGUGGCUAAAAGUACAUUUGGGGGGUAUCCCCCUGCCCCAGUUUGGCAGCCAGAGUUUUAAAAGGCUGGGGAUAAGUGGGGGCUCUGCAUGUGAAUUUGGUUUCCUUCCCAAGACAAAAGAAGGGAGGGCUGGGCAGUGACCGAAGUGACCUCUCGGUGGUGUCCCCCCGGCCGCCGCCUCAGCACUAGAUGUCGCCAGGGAGGGAUCUGCACGGCAGGAAGUACUGUAAUGACUUUGAGCCAUUCACGCGUACGUUUUCCCAUGCCUUUCUCCCUCUGUCAGUUUUAGGGUAUGAAUCUUAGGAGCCAUGAUUUGUGACCUUGUUCUCCGGACGUAGAGAUAAGCUGCUAGAAGCCAGUAGAUGUUCAAUGAAGACACCUCAUUCCCACCUGCCCUGAGUCAGGCUCGAGGAACCUCCAAUCGUGUCUCUUUAGUAAACUACCAGACCUGUCUUUGUAUCAAGGAACUUAAAAUUUCUUUUCAACAGUUGUAUUUUGAACACUGUUACCCCCAAAGUGCUGUAACUUUGGGCUCUCUUUUGUGACAAGUGACCCAAGACUUGUUCUAGACUCCUGUUUGGCAAAAGGCUUACUUUGAGCUUCUGGCCUAGAUUUUGAUAUCUCAGUUGCUUUCACUCUUAACUCAACAACUGCUUCACCAGGAACAGGGUCCGACCCACCAUCAGCACCCAGCUUGCAGAGCUCCAGUGCACAGUGGAUCACACCAGCCAGCUAGAGAGCUUGCCUUUUUUUCUUGUCUUUUUUCUUUUCUUUUUUUUCUUUUUUUUUUUUUUUUAGGGCAGAACCACCGGUGGAGUUUGAACAACUUCCAAGAGUGGUCAGUUCUGUCAAAGUAAAUUUGCCUUUCUAUAAAAGGAAGGGUCGGAAUCACUGAUGGGACAUUUACUGAGUUAGUAUCUCUUUAAUCAUAAUUGCUUGAAACUAAGCGAUUUGGAUCCUGAAUAAUUUAAAUACUGAGCUACAGUGGCAAGUAAUUAAUUAUUUAAGCCCAGGAGUUCCUGUAGUUUCCGUGGAGUCUGUAGCUUUAUUUAAAAAAGAAAGAAAGAACGAAAUCACUGCCAGGCUGCAUUUUUUUUCCACAGGAUCCUCUAAAAAUUGGAUGCUCGCUCUGGUGGCCAUAUCUCCUGGCACCUGGCCCAGGCAGGCGUGAUUAAGGGACUCAUUUGGUUCCUCGAUGCACCGUCCUCCGAGUUAUUUUCUAGGUCUUUUGUGGCCACGUUGCUGAUGCGAGUGGUGUUUUGGUUCAGUGGUGGGCUUUGAUUUUUAACUUCUGGUACUAAUGGGAUUCGUGACCUUCAUUUCUGAAAACAGAAUCUCCCCAGCUUGGUUCACUUUAAAAAUGUUUCCCAUUAAAAUCAAAAGCACCUUCGGACAGUUAGCCGCACCCUCCUUUGCACUGAGAAAGGAAAGUGAGAAUAGGAUUAGAAACAUUCCUGGCAAAUUCUUCCACUGGUCUGUUUGGGGCUGAAAGAGAUGUCCCCCAAGAGGACACUAGGGAGGUUUUACUUCGACUGAACUUCGCCCUUGACCACCCAAGCCUAUCCUCCUGAAUGUUCCCAUGAAUUUGUCUACUUUUGUGUCAAAUGUAUGAGCCGCUGUCACACUCGGCCAGUGCCACCUUUUCCCCUCUUGUGUGUUAUCACACAGACCUGAUGUCAGCUUUAAGUUAACUUCCUGGCCUUUGAAUAUGUUGAGACUGACAAUGUUGUUUUAUUUUUAGAAGUAGGGUUUUCUGGUUGAUAGAGACUACGCAUCAUGUUUAGCGGAUGGGGAUGAAAACUGGCCUAAAACAAGUCUUUGUAGAAUACACACCUACUUACAAAUAUUUUUUUAUCGUCCAGGUGCCGGUGGCAUAAUUUGUCUAAGGGAUUGUCAGCUGUGAGUCAGCAGCGUUUCCGUAAGACCACCUUGACUUCCAUAAAGCACCACGGUCUCUCUCUGCCAUCACCUACCGACCGUGAAAAUUUGGCCGUACUUUUCAAAUUAACAGGCUGAUUGCCUCCUCGUUCAGCACAUACAUGUUUUUCCUGAUUCAAAAAGAAAUGAGGUCUAACUGUGUUUUAAGUGAUUUGCUUUGUUUGGGAAAAGAGAUUGGAAGCAGACACUCAAAUUUUUUCCUAAGUAAAGUUCUUUAAAAGCUGAUGCAGAAUGUCUUUACAGAUGAAAUAAUUGCUCGCAUCCAAAUGCCUGACCUUGUCCCUUGGAAACAAAUGCAGUGUGGCAGCUGUGAAUCUGUCCACUCAGUUUGUCAAGGAGGAGGAUGAAACUUGAGAGAGCGGUCUGAAAAGAAGGUGAAUAUUUUGCACUUUUGAUACUCUUAGGAACAAAUAACUCACUUGGCAAAUGGUGUCUUUUUUAUGUUGUUUUUGUUUUGUAUUGUGAACAGGCACUGAAGCUGAUGUUAUUUUUGUUUUAAGAAUAUUACAGACUGGAAACAGAAAUAAACUAUUUUAAUGUGUGA